UGAAAGUACAAAUGAAGUGUUUCCUAGUUCAGAAAGAACAGGUCCGAUGAUCAGUAUGUGUGAAAGAAUGAGCGCUUUACAAUUUAACGCUGUUUUACUUGAGAUUUCAAACCAGCUUUCCAGUGACGAGCUGGAGAAAAUGAAGUUUCUGUGUCGAGAGAAGAUCGGGAAAAAAGAUAUGGAGAAGAUCAACAGUGGAAUAAAACUAUUUCAGUUUCUGACAGAGAGAGGGCAGCUGGGAGCCGGUAAAACUGAGGCUUUGUCCGAGGUACUCCAACAAAUUCACCGAUCCGAUCUCGCAGACAAAUUAACCACGUUAGAAAGCCUGGGUGUAAACACUGAGAGUGAACCGGACCAGGAGGAGAAAGCCAAACUGGACAUUGCCACGGAGGUGAUCGCAGAAAACCUAGGAAGGAAUUGGCGUAAACUGGGCCGCAAACUGGGUUUGAAUGAUGUCAAGUUGGAUUCCAUAGGCAGGAGGUGUCCCACAGAACUGGAAGAGACAGUAGUUGAGCUGCUGAAGGAGUGGAGAAAAAGUCGAGGAGCCGAGGCCCGAACAAAGCAGCUGAUAGAAGCCCUGAGGGCGUGUCAGUACAACCUGACUGCUGAUAAAGUGGAGGACAAACUGGUAGCCCAAGGAUAUUAAUGGAGAUCAAAGAUGAGAUUGAGAAAAACUCUGUGAAAAUGAAAUGUGCUACUAUAGCUAUAUAUUAAAUUUUGAUUGUUGAGGUGAAUCAAUUGACUUUUUCUGAAUGUCAUAAAAUGUAUAACAAUAGCUUUUUUAAUGUCUGACAAUUUCCUUUUAUGUUAUAUCAAAUUCAAAUUGUAUCUACAUGUGGGAUGACAUUUUCAGAUUUAAUGUGAUCAGUGCCAUUAUUAGAAGAGCAAGAAUGAUUUAAAUUUCCUGCAAAAGAGGACUGAAAUGGUGUUCUAAACUUUUCAAGAGGAAAAGCAGAAGGACAGUCCUAUUUGAAGCAGACACCACUAUAAAGAGGCUGUACUUGUAUGUGCAGUAACAUCACGUAAAGGUCCUGUUAUAAAGCAGGGGUAGUGAGUAUUAUUAGUAUCAAAUCAGUGGAUAUAGAUGUUAUGUACUUGGGGAAAUAAACAUAUUUGCUUUCAGUCAGAGGCUUGGAUCAUAAGAUAAGUACGACUCACAUCUGUCUGUCUGUUAAUUAAAGAAUACAGCAAUGGUGAAGUGCUGUUUUUCCUGAAUCAUAGACGAGAUGCAAUUGUAUGAAAUGUGUGAGGUUUAGAAAGUCUGGCGGAUUUUGUUAUUGUUGGACAGAGCCAGGCUAACUGCCUUCACAUCUCCAGAAUCUUUAAUGUUUAAAUGCUUACACAAGUCAGUGAGAAUUUAUAAUCUGAAGUUUGCAAGUUUAUUGUGACAGGAUCAUUCAAACUUCCAUCUGCCCAAAGCACUCAUUCCUUCAUCUGCUUUGAUGUCAUCAAGGCAGCAGGUCAAAGGUCGCAUUCAGUUUCUGCAAAGUAGAUUCAUGUUAUUAGGUGAACGUUUUGGAAGGGAUCUGCAAAAGUGGGACUGAUACAUUUUUGUGUAUAUGAAUAUUCUAGUUAUGUUGACUUUAACGGUUCAAUUGAUUAUGUCUGAUUUAAAAUACUCAAGACUAUCCUGUAAUCAUUGUUGCUAUUCAUUUACAGGCUUUGUAGAUCCCUUCUUUAUGUUUUCAGUUGAAGUAAUGGGGGUGUAAUCUUUCAAGCCUAUGUAGAGCUCCAAAUCGUUAGUUAGACAAAUCAAUAAAUUCACUUGUAAAGUUAUUGUA